AUGUAUGCUCUGAGGGCCAGGGCCUUUCCGUUUGGAUUGCAUGGAAGCUUGUUCGAGAAGCAGCAGAGUGGUAAAAUGGUUCCGGAAAUAAGCACUCCGCCAUUAGGAUCAUGUGGAGCUGCUAUUGCCAAAGACGAUUCACCACAAACACUAGCUAAAAGACCACCAUGUAGACGUCCUCGAUUACAAAACUCAGAAGAUGUAACCCACAGUACACUCCCUUGA